CAUGGAAAGCGGGCAACUUCCUCUCAUGAGCCGAGCUGCAGGAAACCCGCGGAAUCGAUGAUUAAUUUAAAAAGAGAGAGCGGAAACUUCUUUGACCUAUUAUUUUCUCCUUAUUUAAUGGCACUAUCUAUCUGGUAGUUAGUUUGCAGAUUCUUUGUCUUUCAAACGGCCUUUUGUGUUUCCUCUGUGUGGAAGGGAGGCCUGUUGUAACCACGAGAAAGCGGCGCCUUCCGCAGCAGGGCCACGGUUCAGCUCCAGCUCGUCCAGAAAUACAGGAUGACAACCGGAUUUGGUUUCGGUACUGCGGCCGGUAACACUGGCGGCUUCACCCUCGGAGCGUCCAGCAAUCCUGGUACCACAGGGGGAUUUAGUUUUGGAAAUCUUGGUACCACAACUGCAACCACAACCACAACUGCAACAUUUGGUGGCCUUGGGAGUGGACUGUUUGGGCAGAAACAAACUACUGGAUUCUCAUUUGGAGUUACCUCAACAGGGACGACAACAACGGCAGCAACAACAGGGCUAACUUUGGGAACUCCUGCAACCACAGCAUUAGCUGGUUUUAGUUUAGGAUUCAACAAACCAGCAGGUUCAGCAACACCUUUUGCGAUGCCUAUUGCACCUUCUACCACUGGAGGAUUGUGCCUUUCAUCUGCACUGCCAACAUCUACAACAGGCACUACAGGAUUUGCGUUAAAUUUGGGUGGAGCACCCACAUCCACUGCAACAGUGUCAACAGGCUUAACAUUGGGAGGGGCUUUGACUGGUUUAAGUGGCAGCCUCUUUCAGGGUGCAAGCACUUCCGCUGCAGGACUUGGUCAAUCACUGGGGUUGAAUCUUGGGGUAUCUACAGCUGCCCCAACAACUACAGCCAGUGAAGGUCUUGGUGGAAUAGAUUUCAGUGGGUCGUCUGAUAAGAAGAAUGAUAAAGGUUCAACUGGAGUUAGGCCUGAUGAUAGCAAAGCCCUGAAAGAUGAAAAUCUGCCGCCUGUUAUCUGUCAAGAUGUGGAGCACUUUCAGAAGUUUGUGAAAGAACAGAAGCAGGUGCAAGAAGAAAUUAGCCGAAUGUCCUUUAAAGCUAUGUUGAAAGUACAAGAGGAUAUCAAAGCCCUGAAACAAUUAUUAACAGUAGUUGCCAGCGGACUUCAGAGAGAUUCACUUGCCAUUGACAAGCUAAAGAUAGAAUCUGCACAGGAGCUUAAAAAUGCUGAAAUAGCACUCAGGACACAGAAGAUACCACCAGGACUUCAACAUGAAAAUACAGCACCAGCAGACUAUUUCAGACAGCUGGUUGAACAGUUUGAGGUUCAGUUACAGCAGUACCGACAGCAAAUAGAGGAACUGGAAAAUCACCUUGCUGCUCAGGCUAACAGUUCACAUAUGACUCCACAAGAUUUGUCUCUUGCAAUGCAGAAAGUAUACCAGACUUUUGUGGCUUUGGCUGCCCAACUCCAGUCAAUUCAUGAAAGUGCAAAGAUUUUAAGAGAGCAGUAUCUUGGCUAUCGGAAAACAUUCCUUGGAGAUGCUACUGAUGUCUUUGAAGCAAGGCGUGCUGAAACUAAGAAAUGGCAGAAUGCUCCACGAGUUACAACUGGGCCAACUCCCUUCAGCAUACCAAAUGCAGCGGCAGUUGCCAUGGCUGCAACAUUAUCACAGCAGCAACAGCCUGCUACAGGACCGCAACAACCUCUGGGAGUUAAUUUUGGAACACCAUUCGCCACAUGUAUUGGUGCAGGCUUGCAGUCAAGUGGCUUAGGUUCUACAAAUCUUGGAGGAUUUGGAGGUACUUCUGGCUUUGGAAGUAAUACUUCAGGCACCACCUCAUUUGGAUUUGGAUCAACCAAUAAGCCCUCAGGAAGCCUCAGUGCAGGCUUUGGCAGCUCAACCACAUCUGGAUUUAACUUCAAUAAUCCUGGGAUCACAGCAUCUGCUGGCCUGACUUUUGGCGUGUCCAAUCCUUCCACAUCAGCCUUCCCCAAUAAUCUAGGGACACAGCUUCUGCAACUGAAGAAACCUCCAGCUGGAAACAAACGAGGCAAAAGAUAGGGAAUUGUCAGUGUCGGAAAGGGAAUAUAUUUUCUUAAAUUAGGCAUGAUUCAUGUGGUUCUGUGUCCUAAAAAUGUUUUUUUAAUAGUUGUAGAUAUAAAAAUACCAACAAAUAGAACGUUUAUAUUUCAGCUGGGGAGCUUUAACCAGAAAUUCCUUUGUUUCUAAAAGGAUUCUGAUAAUGAUCAGUUUUAACAAUUGAAGAUUAUAUUUUUGAAAGUAAAGCAAGAUGGAUUGUGUACCUGGAUAAUUUCAUAUGCAUAGUUGUAUCUGUUUUCUACUUCAGGAAUUAUCACAAAUGUAACUAAGAACAGCUGCUAUGUAAGUGAAUUUGAACCAUGGGUGCUGCAGAUGUCUGCAUAACUGCAAAAUUCAUUUGUGUAAAGUCAGCAAUGUAUAUGUUUUAAUAUGGAAAUUUACAGCUAUUAUUUCCUUUAAUCAUUGCACUUUUUUUAUACAGUAGGUACUGCCCAAUAUUUGUCUUUGCAGUAAAAAGAAUUGAAUGUCUUACUUUUGAUGAUGAGUUGUUAAGGUACUUUGAAGAAAGCUUUAGUAGUGGUGACUUUCCUUUAACAUAGUCAAUGUCUAUUUUUGUAAGAUAAGGGAUACUGCUAUUGAAUGCCUUUUGUUAGAGAGAAGGGAAAUUGAGAUUUGCUGAUUUGGAUGAGAUGGUUGAGGAAUGCCACGGGAUGUCCUGAAUUUUGUUAUGUGUGUAUGUAUUUGCAUGAGGUCCUGCAUUCAUUUUUCAGUGACUUUUGAAGGCCAGAUCUAAUGAAAAUUGUUUUCAUUGUGACUACAUGUUUAUUUAUAACAUUUGUUUCAAAACUGCAGUGAAAUAGUCACUAAAAUUCCAAUGUAUUUGAAGAUUAAGUUUUG